AUGGAAAUAUUGAACACGGUGAAAGGGCCAAACUUGGAAGAUUUUCUUAUUAUAUGGCUAGAUGCUAACGUUAGCCAAGAAAAUACAUUGUUAGAAACAAAAACUAGACUAAGACAUAUUGUUAAUUAUCUAAAAGUUUUUUGGAAGGUGGAGGAAUGUAUGAAUUACAUACUGUCAACAGAAAAAGAAAAAAUAUUUUUAAUCGUUUCGGGUUCAAUCGGCGAACAUUUUGUACCAUUAAUUCAUGAUAAACAACAAAUUGAAAACGUUUAUGUAUUCUGUACGAACAAAUUGAGACAUGAGAUUUGGGCGACGAAUUUCUCAAAAAUUAAUGGCGUUUUUACAUUUGAAAACGAUUUAUUUCUUCAAUUAUCACGCGACGUUACAGCAUGUACCAGAAAUUUAACACCAAUGAGUGUAUUUAGUGUAGAUUCAUAUGGAAAAUCUAUUCGAGAUCUAACUAAAGAAAGCGCAACAUUCAUGUGGUUCCAGUUUCUACUCGACAUAUUACUUCGUCUACCUCAAAAUACUGCUGCUAAAACUGAACUACUGCAUGAAUGUCGUUUGUCGUACAAAGACAAUAUUGUUGAACAAAAGAAAAUUGAUGAAUUUGAAAAUGACUAUACAUCAGAUAGAUGUAUUUGGUGGUAUACACGUGAUUCAUUCUUCUAUCGUUUAUUAAAUAAAGCAUUUCGUACUGAAGAUAUUGACAUUAUAUUCAAGUUUCGCCUUUUGAUAACCGAUCUUUAUAGGCAGGUAGAACAAUUACAUGCUGAAUAUCUUAAAGAAAAUACUGAUGAUGUCCUCACAGUCUAUCGGGGGCAGGGUAUUUCAUUAGAUGAACUGAAAAAAUUUCAAGAAAAUAUCGGUGGUUUAGUAUCAUUGAAUAGUUUCUUAUCGUCCACAAAGUCAAGUGAAGUAGCAUUAGAAUUUGCUGGCGAGAAAUCAAUAAAUAAUCCGUUUGUCGAACCGGUCGUACUCCAAAUGGAGAUUAAUUUGAAUGCUAAAACAAAACCAUUCGCAAACGUUCAAAAAUUUAGCUAUAUGAAGGAUGAAGGUGAAAUAUUAAUAUCAAUGGGAACUGUUUUUAAAAUUGAAUCUGUUGAACAGCUGCCAAGUGGUCACUGGUUUAUCGAAUUAACAUUAAGUGAACUAGAAAAUAAAAAGGUAAAAGACGUUAUUGAACAUUAUCAAAAACAAAUUGGUGAAACACCAAGCCUACUAACAUUAGGUAGUUUCUUGAUGGAUAUGGCCGAAUAUGGUAAAGCAAAACGGUAUUAUAAAAUGGUACUGGAAGAAUUAUCGCCAACUGAUCAUAAAACUCGGGGAAGAAUAUAUAAUGCGUUGGGUUUAAUUUAUCGUCGAACGGGAAACUUUGAUUUAUCAUUAAAAAUGUUCCGAAAAGCACUUAGAUUUGAGUUUAUCGAAGAGAUAUAUCAUAAUAUUGGAACGGUUUAUUUAGAGAAAGGAAACUACAAGAGAGCACUCAGAUAUUGUAAAUAUGCAUUAAAAUCUGUAAGAAAAAUGCGAGGUUCAGAUCAUCAUUCUUUAGUUGAAAGCUAUCAAGAUAUUGGAACAAUUUAUAGACUGACCGGUCGUUAUCGAUUAGCAUUGGAAAAUAGCGUUAAAGCUUUGCUACUUGAUUUAAAGUAUUUACCCAAAAACCAUCCAGAUUUAGCGAUUUCUUAUCUGAAUGUUGGUAUGGCUUAUUUUGAAAAUGGUCAAUAUGAAAUAGCACUCGGCUAUUUCGAGGAUGUUUUAAAAAUUCAACAAAUGAUAUUAACACCAUAUCAUCCAUCGUUAGCAACGACCCAUGCAAGUAUGGGAACAUGUUAUCGACAAGAGGGAGAAUAUACAAGAGCUCUCAAAUGUUUCGAGAAGGCUUUGGAAAUUGAACAUAAAACACUGCCUCAUAAUCAUCCGACAACUGCCAAAACAUAUAAUGCAAUCGGUAUGCUCUAUCGUCAUACAGCUGAGUAUGAUAAAGCGCUGUCAAACUUCGAGAAAGCACUUGAAAUACAACUGAUGUCGUUAGAUUCAAGCCACUCAGAUAUAAGCGAAUCGUAUAAUAAUAUUGGAUUAAUCCAUUGGCUUUCAAAUGGGGAUACAACUGUGGCUGUGCAAAACUACAGAAAAGCUAUUGAUAUUCAAUUAAAAAAUUCACCACUAAAUCAUCGAUUUCUGGCAGUUAUUUAUAACAAUCUGGGCCUAGUUUAUGAAUUUACAAAUCGUUUAAAGGCAGCGUUGAGAUGUUAUGAAAAAGCUCUUCAAAUGGCAUUGAAAUCUUCAUCAAUGCAAAUGAUGGUGAAAUUUGCAGUUAAAGUCGGCGGUCUACCCAUUUCAGAGUACAAAAAGAAUAUACAAUUAGUUAAGAAAAAAAUCAAUGAAUAUAAAUCAAAAUAA